UGUGUUGCGUGGCCACACAAGAAUACCACUUCAGUGUGCUCCUGACCUUGGUAGGGGUAGGACGCACGCCUCUUCUUCCCCUCGCCUCUUCUUUCACCUUGAGCAAGAACCACAUUGGAAACUGACGAUUGAUGGAAAGAAUCAACAUUUUAAGAAAAGGCUCGGGGUCGCUGCCUGGCUGCCGAGGAUGUAAACAAAUCGAACGCAAAUCGAAGAUGGAGAAGAAUUUAGGAGCCCCAGCCAGCUUAUGAAGGGUAGCCGCGACCCACUCCACUGACAUAAGGAUGACUUGUGUGAGUGGAGGAGGCGGUGCAGGCCGACCAGGAGGGAGGCUGCGGGUGUGCUGAUGGGCGGCGUGCUGGCCAAGAGGCAGGGCGGCGGCCAGGGCGGGCGGGCGGGCCAGCGCGGCCUCCCCCUCCGCCACAGACAGAGCCUCUCGGAAUUUAGCCUGGUGCACAUCGCAACCAACCUCACCCAUCGCUUCUCUGUCCUAAGUGGCCUUUCUGUGAUCUCAUUCGUGUCGGCGCCAGUCAGCGAGGCGAACCGUCGACCAUGGACCAGAGUCUCCAGGAAAAGGUGGCACCAGUCAACGCUGGAGAAUGAGUACGCCCACAGCAAGACAGUGUGGCCAGUGGCACAGACUGAGGCUCUCUUCCUUCCAGAGUUUCCUGUUGGUAUAGAAGAAAAGUUAAAGCUUAUUUUCUUAGGGGAGAUUAGCCGAGGAGCCUUUGGUCAAGUGUUUCAUGUGAAGUGUUCCAUCUCCAACAAGGAAUACGCCAUGAAGGUGCUCUCCAAGUCACAGGUGUGUAGCUUGGAUGCUGUGGGUCAGGUGAAGCAGGAGGUGAUGAUCCAGCAUGUGUGUAGCCACCAUCCCUUCAUCACGCCUCUUGUCCACUUCUGGCAGACACGCAAACUGCUCCUAGUCAUGACAGAAUUUGUGGGCUACGGGGAACUGCAGCAGCUGUGGAGGUCUCUGGGUCGCCUGCCUGAGAAUCUUGUCAAGAUAUACCUUGCACAAAUAGCACUUGCACUUGAUUUCCUUCACAACGCUGGCAUAAUCUAUCGCGACCUCAAGAUGGAAAACAUUCUCCUCGACGCCGACGGACACAUCAAGGUCAUCGACUUUGGCCUGGCGAAGUGGCUGAGUUACGGGGGCCGGACAUCAACCAUAUGUGGCACCCUGCAGUUCAUGGCCCCUGAGGUGUUGCGAGGGGAGGAGUACAGCCACAGCGUUGACUGGUGGUCCCUCGGCAUCAUUGUCUACAGUCUGCUGGCCGGCCGGUACCCCCUGAGUGGCUAUGACGACCAUGUCACGAUGAACCAGGCAGUGUCCAAGUGUGAUUACGAGCCGCCGGAGUGUGCCUCGCCUCCUAUGCGCUCUGUCAUCACCAGCCUGCUCAACCGUGACCCGCGAUGCCGUCUGCACUCCUUCUACCAGCUCCAGCGGGAGGAACUCUUCCAAAACUUUGACUUUGAUGAGGUCAAGGACAGAAAGAUAUCACCUAGGAAGAUCCUGGAGGAGUACAUAGAGAGCAAAGCAAGGCGGAGCUUCCAUGACUUUGGAGGCUUGACCAGCACGCCCAAGAAGUCAAAGGCUUGUGUCAGCGAGGACCUGAACCGCAGCCAGGGGUCUUCACAGCAGUCCCCAACGCCCUCCAUGCUGCGGCCCCCCACCAAAGACCACACCUCCUGGAACCCUGGCCAGCGCUCUGCCAGCUCGCCCCUGCUGCACCCCGGCCGCCUGGGCCACCAUGACUCCUUGGUGAAGAGUGUCUCGGCUGGUGGUCACAACGGAGCUGCCGUGCCCCUCCUGCAGAGUCCGCUGCUGAGGCUGGCCCGGGGCCAGGCAGGGCAACCCCCAAGGCGGGCACGUUCCCAGGGGGCCGUGAGCGCCAGUGCACUGCCCACAGCCGUGUCACCGCUGCUGGUCAAUGUGCGGGGGCAGCGGCGGCAACAGUGGAGGGCAGGCCAGGAGGAGCAGCAGCAGGAGCAGGCAGACACUGCGGCACGCACCGACAACGUGGCAUCCAGUGUGAUCAGCGGCAUGAAUGGCGUGUACAAGAAGUGUGCCAGCGAGGAGUUCCUGAGUGGCCAGCGAAGACUGAAGGAGGGGCAGGCGGGGCUGCCCCGACCCGGCGCCAACCCCGGGGCUAGCAGCCGCAGGGGCAAGACUGACCCCAUGCAGCUGAAAGAGACAUUCCUUGAACAGUGUGAAAACAUUACUGAGGAGUUUUUCUGUGAUCUGGUCACAAGUACGCCAAAGAAAAGUAAUGUGAGCAGUGGUGGCGGUGGUGGCGGCGUGCGGCAUGGCCUGCGCCAGGCUGUGAGGUCAGAGGUGCAGGUUGGUAAGAAUAAUAUUAUUAAUGGUGCUUUGCUAUCAAGUAAUAAUAAUUUCUCUCCUCUUGACGAAAAUGAUUUUGAUGAAACGUUUGAUAAUUUCCCAUGGAUAAGUGAAUCUCUAGAUCCUUAGCAUGAAGCUACAUUUCCUGAAAGUUCAAGAAGGAUAUGAAUGUAAUCAGUUUACACUGAAGACUCAUAGUGGACUGCAGAAAAUUACUGGUGUCAAUUUUUAUGGUAAUCUGUGUGCUAAACCCAUGUAAUCAUAUAAAUAAAUACAUCUUACGUAUAAAAGACACGCACUAGACUCGAGCGAACAUUUACACGGCAGAAAUUAAGGGAAACAGAAGAUUGCCAAACCUCAUCACCAGUUCUGUUAUGUAUUAGAAGACUUGAAUCAUUAUCCUCUCAUCUUGUGUUGUGCAAUGUAUAGCUACUUGUGCCAUUAAAAUAUAAGAAACUUAUUAUUACAAAGUUAGAGGAAUAUUUUACUGCUGUGAGUCCCUAGCUGCCGUCAAGCAGAUCUGUGUAGGUGUUGGUAGGCAGAGUUGCAUCUUGGGCAGGGCAGCUUGCAGGUGGUGCUUCAUUGGAUUAGUAAUCUAGCCCUUAUGGUUUACACAUCAAUGGUUCUUUGAUGAGGUUUGGCCUUAGCUGUUAACGUCACAUCAUUAUUUCCCGAGCAUUUUUCAUCUGCUGUUUCCCAGAAUUUCCAGCAAGGAGAGGCUAAAUAUAUCAAACUGUAUCCAGACUAUGCUGGCAAGUGAACCUGUUUGGCUGCAUCUGCAAACUGUACAGACAGUGAAGGGGCUGCUGCACUGAGGCAGUUCUCCUCACAUGCCCAAGGAACACAAUCAAGUAGUAAAAAAGCACCUAAUUCAUUACUAUAGUGGCCCAGUUGUUGUGCUGCCUGAGGACUCAUGGCAACACUGGGCCAGACUCGUACCUGCUGAUUGCCCUAAGCAUUUCCAUUAAUGUGCCUAAUUGAAUUCAUAUAGAAAUAUAAAUUCAGUUAAAACCUCAAAUAUUUGUAAGGUUGUGCAAGAGUUACAAAUCUGAUGGUCUUUUUUAUUUAAAGUUUUUCAAAACCAAUGUGCUACAAGUCUUAAAAAAUAGACAAUGUUGGCUAAUGAGUAGUUGAAAGUAUUGGCCAGUAACUGCUUACGAGUCCUCAGGUGGAUGAGUGACUGAAGCAAGAAGAGUGACUCCCACUAUACCACAAAUAUGUUGCACUAAUGGUUACUUCAUCAGACUAGCAACUAUCACCACUCCAAUAAGACUUACUCUUAAUCAGUGCAGUCCAGGUGUGGUCAGUAACUUAACAAAACUGAGACUCCUUGUUGAUCCUAGUCCAGGUUGGUGCAGGUGUGGUUAGGACAGCCUCUAGGACAGCCUCACCUGUCGUGCCGGUACAAUGUCAUCAUUACGAAACAGUAACAAGUAAAACCAUGAUUGAUAUGCAGCUUAUAAGGCUUUUGACAUGAGUUUCAUUCUGCUAAAAAAAAUGAUGCAAGGAUUGGUCUACAAAUACAAUAUAUCAGUAAUAUAUUGGAGCAAAGUGUUUCUGCUAGUGGGUACAUGAGGGAAGCAGUCCGGUGUGGCAGCCACUCAGGGUUUGCUUUCAGAGUGAUUCCCACGUGUAAGGGAAGAGGUUUGCAAAAUUCCGCUACAACAGUUGUUUGUGUCGCAGCUUCACGCCGAGAGCCGGAGUGUAGUUUACAGACUCUCACGUCACAAAAGAUAGUUUGGCACUGCUGCUGUAAAGUUUAGAGAGAAGAAAUCAGAAUAAUUUAUUUAUAAAUGAUGUUACUCACUUCAUGUGUGUGUGUACUUUUAAGCCAAAUUGAAUGUUUAGCAAGGCUUCCAAGGACGUCUCUUGAGAAGAAGGUGCCGUAAGUCAUUACUAAAUGUCACAAAAUGCCUGCCAGAAGUUAUUGUGGACCCGUGCACUUGUGGCUGUGGGUUGGUAAUUGCCAAAGUUAUAAUGUUAAUUGUUAUGCACUGCAAGUCGUAGCCACAGUGGCCAGACAUGUUCAAUGCUCUUUAUUAUGCUUUGUGAGUGUAAUAGUGUUUUAUAUAUACAGUACUUCAAAUCUGCCAUGUGAUGUGGGUCAGGAAGUUUGUACAUUUUUAAUAGAGAUUCUUCGCCUUUGACGCGGUGGAGGCGAGAGGACACGAGUGGGUGGCCGGCAGCGCGAGCCUCCCGUCGCUGCGCUGCCUUCACCUCCUCACAGCAGAGACAAGAGAUGAGCUUGUUUGCUGCCUACCACUGCUACUGUCACUGUCUGCAGCGACGCACAUACAGUAGUCUUUGCCUGUUGCCAAAGGAGACAUGGAGUACUUCAUCUCUGGCAGGAUAUAUUUAAGCUUGUAUGAAAAAGUUUAAAGUGAUAUUACAGACAUGUAAGUGAAGAUGAUGAUGAUGAUGGGGAAGGAAAUGAAUCUCUCUCUCCUGUUGCUUAUUUUCUAGUGUACCGUGAGUAAUGGUGGAGGUGCAAAGGGAAUUAUGAACGGCAAUCUCUUGGAACUUCACGCAUGAUUAAGUUAAUAUUACCACGAUUUAUUCUUAUACUGAAAGAACUAUGUAUGAUUCCUAUAUAUAAUUCACACUCUUAACACUCCAUACACAGGGAGAAAAAUAUUGCAUUUUGUUAUCUUAUGUCUGCCAGUGGUGGGAGGUGCAGGUGUGGCACCGUUCAUGCUGGGCUGAGGCACUUGAGGGUCUCUUUAGUCCCAGUCGUUGCUGCAGGGUUGGUAGCAUUCAUUCCUUCUGAAGUGCAAUCUGAGCCAUCACUGAGUCUAUGUGGUCUGAAUCUUGUUGGGCUAAACAGUAUUGGAUCAACCUGCCAAGGGCUUCAUAUCAGUGCAUUAGUGCUAUUUGCAUUACUAAAUUAUCACGUUCAGUAAUACAUCAGGACCGGUAACCAUUUCCUGCAGGUGAUGAUUAAGUUUGGCCCUUACCGUGCCCUGUGUUUGGGAUGUGAUGCAUGUCACUUGCAUGCAAUUACAGUUUCCCAAGAUAUUGUACACAUUAGUGGUCUUAGGUCAUACCAUCUGAAGAGACCCAUAUUUCCUGCCUGCUCUUGAUGAACCCAGAGAUAACAGUGAGUAGGAUUGAGUCACAGUAGCAGAUGUGAUGUAAAAUUGAAUCAAAGUCACAAUCUGUACUUGAGAAGUGAUAGCUGAUGUUAAUUUAGCCGUGGCAAAAUUCCCUGUCAGCUGGCUAGUGUGGUUCUUUUUGCUGUUUUAGCUUUAAGUCUCAGUGGGUGCUGCCCUGCUACCUGGUUCUGUCAGGUUUGUGGCCGCCUUGUUGAUUCAGUUGAUCAUGUUGCUUGACAUCAGAUGAAGUCUCACUCUGCGUGAAUGUUCCAUGAUGGCCAGUCAUGUUCCCAGCUUAGGAGUGACCGUUUUGGUUUCACCAGGCGGCGGGGUCACGUGUCCCCUCUGCCUUUCAUACAGACUUAUUAGAUGUUCAUUACUUUGCUUAUAUUUAUUGCUGUUUUAAGAUUAUCAGCACAAAUGUUCAGUAUAUCCAUUCCUUUCCAAAAGAUUCCAGCAAUGCGUUGUUGUGGGAGUUACAGCUUAGAAUUAAUGUUGCCUUUGUUCUAGACUUAACGAGAAGCUGACUUCACUUUCCUUCCUGGAGCAGCAGCGUCCUGCUCGCCCCCCAUCCUGCCUUUGCAGACUUCCAUGAGAUAGUAAAUACCAUCCUAUAGUGUUUAAUAUGAUCCAUCACCCCAUGAUCUAAAGCAUAUAUAGAUCUAAAUGAAUCUCUUCUAUAUAUAUUUUUUAAUGUUGAGGCUUUGUAGAAGCUGCAAUUUUUUGUCCCCAAGCUCAAAUAUAUUCAUGAAUUGAUUGAAUUGAAAACUACCUUUUGUAUAUAAAUAUUUCUCAAGUUGUUUUAUAUUUUUGUAUUACUUUGGACUAGUCCCAAAUCAGUUAAUUAUUUAUUUUAUUAAGUUUUGAAAUAUUUUUUUAUUUGUUCGUAAUGCUUUACCAUAAGACAAGUAGUAAUGUAGUUCUAGCUGCCAUUAUUUACAUUCCUUUAAUUCAAUAUCAAUGACCAACAGUACAUGUCGAAUGCCUCAGUGUAGUAGGAAAGUGUCCUGCCUCUCCUACACUCACAUGUGCACACUCUUGGGGUAAAGCCUCGGACGAUUGCAAAACAAAUUGUGACACAGCUAAAUCAACGAUCAACUAAAUCAAUGGUGAUAUUGUCAUUUGUUACCACAUCAGCAAGAAAGCGCGAGUUACACCAGCGUACAGCAGCAGCGUGCCUGGCGUGUCUCGGCCAGUGUGUUUGUAUGACUGUUUGGCAAGAGGACCACAAGCGCUGGCCAACACACUGCAGGGACAUUUUCUGAUGCUGACAUUUGAGACGGUGUCAAGGAAAGUGAUGCCAUGGCAACUAACAUACAGUUUUGUCCAUGUUAAAAACUUGUCAGCUUGCCUGGCGCCAGCUUUCCCCACGCAGGAAAUGCUGCAUCAGAAACACACUUGUGGGGGUGACCUCCUGGAAUGGUUGUCCAAGGUGUGUUUGUUGAGGGAACCUGACUGGCAACACUGAUGAUAGUGACUCCAUUUUGGUUGGCAGUUUUCAUCAUAUUAGAUGGUUCAAUCAAAAUUAAGUCACUAUCUUGCUAUCCAUCCACACCUGAUGCCCCGACCCUCUAGUACUCUUGGCCACAAGACAGAUGUAGCAGGCCACUUCCUACUUAGAACUUCAUGCAAACACUCCUGUUUUCUUAUUUCUGAAAAGAAAUGUGUUCCAGCACAUCUGUCAUCAAACAUUACUUUUAGUAGCUUGUAUUCUAAAUUCCUGUAUCCAUUCAAACACUAUUUUCACUACCUUUCAUAUUUCUAGUUCAGGUUUUUGCACUUACUUUUGUCCUCUCUAUCAGAUCCUUGCUACUGACUGAUCUUUCCAGAUGUUGUCACCAAUUCUCUAAAUCACACAUCUCUCACACACACACUCCCUACACCCCCAGUGCACCAGCCACCCUGCACACAAGUGUCACACUUGCUUUGAGCAGCAUUCACUGAUACCUUCCCUAGAGGCGUCACACGCACCAGUGAGUCAGUCCCUCAACACACAGGUCUGCCGACAGCCACCCAGCACCGUCAACCCUCCAGGCAUAAGGCCGCUCAGUCCACCGCUCUACCCCGGGACCACACAUGUGCUGCCUCUGUACCCUGCCAACCAAAGAUUGGAUUUAAUUUUGUGUAUCCGUUUUUGUAUAUAUUUGCAAAAUAUAAAAAAAGAAAAUAAAGCAGUAACAUGUA